GAGUGGUGGGGAGCUUAAUUUGAAUACACUACCGAAUUCUGUCCUAGGACUCUCUUUUUCGCCCUACUACUUUAGCCAAAAUUAUAUCGACACACAACAGGCACAUAUAGUUGAUACAAGAAUAAUAUCAAAACUAUUUAGGGUUGAGAAAGAAGUAAAACAAGAGGCCCUCUCCCCACUUCUAUAUGUGCUUGCUUUUAAACCUCUACUCAAACUCUUAAAUACAAAUUUUAAAGGCAUCUCUAUUUUUUCUCAAAAAUUCAAAACAGUAGCCUAUGUAGCAGAUUAA